AUGGCGCUGCUGCAGCGCGUCAAUGCAGCGGCAGCGUCGAAGCUGCAGAAGGUCAAAGGGCAUAAGGAGGAUCAUGACGAGGAGGAGGAAGUGGAAGUGGAAGUCGAGCUGGAGGUGGAGGCAUUGCAACACACAACUCGUAACAUGUUGCAGGCUGAGGACAAUGAAGCUGCCGCUGCCGCUGCCAAGCGUCGACGCAGCCGCACCAAUUUCAACACCUGGCAACUGGAGGAGCUGGAACGAGCCUUUCUCAGCAGCCACUAUCCGGAUGUGUUCAUGCGCGAGGCGCUGGCUAUGCGGCUGGAUCUGAAGGAGGGACGGAUAGCGGUCUGGUUUCAGAACCGUCGCGCCAAGUGGCGCAAAAAGGAGCACACGAAAAAGGGACCUGGUCGACCGGCGCACAAUGCACAACCUCAGAGCUGCAGCGGAGCACCGAUUCCGCUGCUGGAGCUGCGAGCCAGGGAGCGUGCACAGCGGAGCAAACGAAUCGCCAAGGCGAUUGAGAGGCAGGCACGUAAGCUGCGUCUCAAAGGGAUCGAGGUGGACAUGUCGCAGCUGCGGACUGACUAUCUGGCGGCGCACAGAGAUGAGGCUGCUGAACUGGAGCUGGGAUUGGAGUUGGAGCAGCGCGACGAUGAUGAGCUGGCCAUCGAUGUGGUCGGUGUGUGCAGCGAUAGCCUGGACAACUCCCGAUCUCUGAGCUCCACUUUUGCCACGAUGACGCCGCAGACAAACCAAAGAAGCUGCCAGGAUGACAGCUCCGAUGACGAUGGCGAUAACGAUAAUGAUAAUGAUGGCAAUGCUGUGAUAAAACUGGAACCGCUGGAGUCACCGCAUCUGCCCAAGCUCCCAGCUCCUCAUGCUGUACCGCCGCUGCCGAGCAAGGGACACUACAAUUCCUCCUUCAGCAUCGAAUCCCUGCUGGGCACAUAGCACACCCAUAAGCAAUAACAAAUAUAUACAUUUAAAUAUGUACCUAUUUAUUUAAUAUAAUGUUUUUUUUUUCUAUAUAUAAUAAAUCCUAUUAAAUGUGGCAUUAGGGGUAUAAUAAAGUUGUGCUCAUCUAUGUAA